UUUUCUUCACACAGGAAAAUUCAGAAUCUAUACAUACAAAUUCCUGUAUCUAUACGUAAAUAUAUAUUAUAAAUCUAUAUAUACGCGAUAUACCCAUCUGUAUAUAUAUACAGACACAUAUCUGUUCUUUUUAGAGAGAGAGAGAGAGAGAGAGAGAGAGAGAAAGAGAGAAGGGAAUGAGAACAAGGCGUGGGAUUUCUUAUCCCAAGGUGAAUAACAUAUGUUGUGAGAAGAGAAGAAGAGAUGGCAAUAUUCUGGGUGAGAAGAUGAUACAGAGCCGGAAAAGGUUCAAGUCGUCGUCGGGGACACCGGUGGUGACUCUUUCCGGCCAGUGUGAUUUUCUUGAUACGCUUCCAGACGAUAUCGUUUUGUUUAUACUUGCAAAGCUUGGUGCCACCGCCGGUUGUCCCUCCGAUUUUGUGAGCGUUUUAUCAACAUGCAAAAGGUUAAACGCGUUGGGUGUUCACUCUCUUGUAUUAUCAAAAGCAUCUCCGAAAGCGUUCGCUUUUAAAUCUGAAAACUGGUCGGAAUCUGCUCACCGGUUUCUUAAACAGUGCUCAGAUGCCGGAAAUGUUGAAGCUUGUUACACACUUGGCAUGAUUCGGUUUUACUGUUUGCAAAAUCGAGGAAGCGGAGCGUCUCUAAUGGCUAAGGCGGCGAUUAAUUCUCACGCUCCGGCGUUAUACGCACUUGCUGUGAUUCAGUUCAACGGUAGCGGAGGUUCAAAAACUGACAAGGACUUACGCGCCGGUGUAGCUCUUUGCGCCCGUGCGGCGUUUCUCGGCCACAUCGACGCGCUCCGGGAACUCGGACAUUGUCUCCAAGAGGGUUACGGCGUACGUCAGAACAUUGUCGAAGGCCGGCGGUUUUUGGUUCAAGCCAACGCCCGUGAACUUGCCGCCGUACUUUCAACAACUCCAUCGGUGUUGAUGUCCGGUAACUGGCUGACAUGGAACCCGCUACCACACCUCCGCCAUGGAAACGUCGUGGGUCCUGGGUGUCCUUUACUUAGCGAUUUUGGAUGUAACGUGCCUGCACCGGAACCUCAUCCGUCCAACCGAUUUCUUACAGAUUGGUUUUCCGAUAAGGUACUUGCUCCGGGACUUCGUUUAUGCUCUCAUGCCGGUUGUGGUCGGCCGGAGACUAGAAAACAUGAGUUCCGGCGAUGUUCAGUUUGCGGAGCUGUUAACUACUGUUCUCGAGCGUGUCAAGCACUCGACUGGAGGAUGCGUCACAAGAUGGAGUGUAGACAGGCUGAAAGGUGGGUCAAUGACGGCGACGGUGAAGACAACGGCAAUGUUAACGACGAUGAUGGAAUGGUUGUCGAGAGUUGAAACGUUCGCCGGAGAUACUGAACUUGACGGUAACUUUAACGGCAUCGGUGAUUAUAACGGCAGUUGAAGCAAAGUUUUGUUGGGGAUAGUUUUGGAAUUUCAAAAAUAUGCUUUCUUUUGACGUUUGCCGGAAUCUCGACGUUAGUAAGAGAAGUUUGAAGUUAGUUCUCCUUUUUAUUUUUCUUUUUUUUUUUCUAAGGUUAGCAAUUUUUGUACAAUAUAUUUUAAUAUAGCUGCCUUUUUUAAAUUAUAAAUCUAAAAAUGAAAAUACUUAUUCAAA